AUGAAGAGAGAGAGAGAGAAGAAGAGUGUUACUCAGGAGCUGAUAGAGAAGAAGAGAAUUAAGGCCUUGUUCAGAUCUCAAAUGUACUUCAUGAUUCAGAAUAUUAAGAAGACAGCCCUGCUCUCUGAGCAUGUCAAUCUGCUUGUCACUGAGGUGGAACCUGAGACAGCAGACCAGAAAAUGCAGGAUUUUGAGAUACAGAUUGAUCUGACUGAGAAGAAGCAGUAA